UAAGUAAGAGGCGCGCACGCCGCGGCGAGGUUAGUAGCCGUUCGGCAGCGCGUCGCAAGCGGUGUAUCACCCCGCCUGAACCCCGCCAGCCGCCCGAGCGAACAGGGCCGUGCGCUCUACACGCACUCCGCACGACGCGCGCGCCGCACUCGCCGCCGACAUCCGCCCUCAUCAUGAACCCCAGGAUUGCGCUAUGUUUCCUGCUUUACACUGCCUAUGUGAGUUGUGGUGAAGUGGAUAUUAUUACUGAACCACGUCCAGGAGAAGAAUAUGUUUUAGUGAGUUCCGGUCAACAAACACCUAUAAGGAACUUUGAAACAGCACACAAGAUACCGGAAAAACAUCCAAAUCAUCGCCUAACAAAACCCGAUGAUGGCGAUAAAAUAUUUAAGAAGUUACACAGUGGUAAGGCAAAACAUCCAACUGAAGGAAUUAUUUCUAUUGAAGAAGAUAAAAAAGCUUUAUUGAAAAAAGGGCAAAAAAUAAAAAAUGCAGAAUCUAUAGAAGUUGAUAUACCUAUAUCUAAAAUUGAAGAUAUAAAAAUUGUUGAAAACGUAAAAAAUGUUGAUAUAAAUCCAAAAAUGGCUGUUGCUUUAGAAACACUUUCAGAAUCCGGAAAAUUAAGCAGUAACGACGGAACUACUACUCAAAAACCAGUUCUUACUACGUCAGCAAUAGCAACUUCAAAAGCCUACGAUUAUAUUCCUAUAAACUUUGAUACUAUAGAUGACAUCAAUAGCGGUUUGCUCUCAUCUAAUGUUAAAUUAGAAACUGCAGGUUCAGAGCAAAAACAGCAUUCUAGAAUUCAAGUGAAAAAAGGACCCAAUGGUCAAGAUUAUGAAUACGAAUAUAUAUACUAUUAUUACGACGAGGAUGAGGAGAGUAAAAAAGAUAAUAAAGGGAAAUUUGUAUCUGUUACUGGUUUACCUAUUACUAACUCGCACGAUGGACCACAGAAAGUUGAAAAUGAAAACCAAAUAGCUAAAGAAACAAGACCUAAAAGCAAAUAUAGUACAAUUGACAGAUCUACCACAACUACUACAGCAGCCCCUGAAGUACAUAAUGAAGUUAACCCAACACCUUCAAGAGGACGUUCUCGGGGACGUAACAUUACACCUGCUCCUGUUGAAGAGGAAUCACGUGAAGAACGGCUACCAUCGAGCACCCGUUUCCCCCCGCGUGGUCGUAACUUCGCGGCUACUAGUACUACCACUACUACUAAAGCUCCCGAGGUAUCCACUGAAACAAAAAGACAUCGCGGUCGCUCUCAGGUUGACAAUGUUGCAGAUGAGUCAAUAGGACAAACAAGAAGCAGAACUCGAGCUCACAUCAGACGGCCAAGCUCCGAACUGGUAGAUCUUGAAAGUUUCAAGACACAUUCGAGUGGAAUUCCUGCACAAUACAAGGAACCUCCUACGAGGUAUUCUUCAGAAAGUCUAACAACAACUCAAUCUGCGGAACCCGUUAACGAACCAUCUCACACCAAAGAAUCACAAAGAGAGGGCCAUAGUCUUUCAAGUGGUGUCAGAUUCCAAGAAAUUACAGAUGAUUCCAAAUUACCAUUGGACUAUAAGCAAACAACUACAUACGAUCAAGAAACCACUGAAUACACGACAAUGACAGCAAUGGAAAAGGUUGCUUUAGAUUUAUAUGCCUAUUUGGCUGGAGAAAAUUUAAAUAACGAAAUAAAUCCAUCAAGUGAUUUAAAUAUUGAUGCAUCGACUGCAGUAGAUGACGAUGCUUGGACAACCGAGGUUAUCAGCACAACCGAAGAAGAAACGACGCCGACUACGACGACUACAACGACGACGACGACCACGACGACCACAACCACGCCAGCCCCCACUACAACUACAACAACAGCCGCGCCAACUCGUCCUUCUAGGUUCAAGGGUCGUCCUGGUGCCCGGUCUCGCGCACCUGCUUCUACAAGCGCAGCCACUGAAGCACCACAGGAAUCGUCUACGAGAGUACGAGGUCGUUUCGGUAAGCCAAAUGGGGCCAGGAAAGCUACCGCUGCCAUAGCCGCAGAAGCUUCAACAUCGGCCGCACCCGUCGAAAAACCAGCACAGGCUAAGCAGGCAUUCGGGCGUCGCGGUCUCUUUGCCGGUCGCACUCGUCCCAGCAGUACCAGUGCUCCAGUUCAGGAGGCAGCAAACACGAAUCCAUCCUCUGAAUCUCCUGUACCCAGGCCAAGACUUCGUCCAGGUCAGCGAAGAAUCCCAACCACAACCACACCAGCCAGUUCAUCUGCAGAAGUAGGAGAAACCGUAUCUCCAGUGACCAGCGGGAACCCUUCCUCCGGUGAAGUGGUUGAAACUACGCCCAACCCUUCUAGAACAAUCGGUCGUAAACCUGGUGCAAGGCCUGUAGCUCUGCGCCCAGGACCAAGGUUGAACAUCAGGCCCAGUUCUCGCUUGAGGCCUGGCCUGUCAAGUGCAGCGCCGACAGAGGCCGCUUCUGAGGCCCCAGUGGCUGAGACACCAGCGUCCGAGGCACCUGCAACUGAAUCUGACGCUGAGGGUUCAGUGCCAACCCCAGCACCGGAACAACCUCGCGGAGUGUUGAAACUUCGCAAUCGUCUGCAGGUAUCACCUUCUCCCAAACCUCGAGUAGCCGUUACGCCGCCAGCGCGUCGCCCCAACCCUCUUCUGAAGAAGAGAUUACCUUCUACUGUGGCUACAACAGAAGCACCGAAGAAGGCGACAGAGUCGACAGAAGAGAGCACCAGUGCAGAGAAAAGUGAAGUUGAAGCUGAAACCGAGGCCGUAGCAGCGGAAACGACUCCCGCCCCUCCAUUACGAGGACUUGAUGCCCUCAUUGCCAGGAGACGCGCCGCUGGGGUUGGCGCCAGGCCAGUCCGUCCCGUCAGAGGAGCAAGAUCCCCUUGAUAACGUUAACAAACCUUCCGUUAACUAAAUCUACACUACGACAAAAACCGUUUGUUACAAAACUUUGAAAACGCAAACUCGUCUCGUAAAUGUCCAUAUUGGACGUCUAGUUGCCUUGUUAUGCACACUAAAACUACAAUUAGCCAUAUAAAUUGAAUGUCGUAGUGUAAAUUUAGCGUUACUCUAUGACGACGGUCACCGAGAGAAUUUUUAAUGCAAUCUGUUUAAUCAAAUUUAGUACUUUUAAUAUUUACAUCAAUAGUACUGUGCUGGUUUGUAAGUUCAAUUGGAGGGACUAGAACUUCGCAAAUGAUUUUUCGUGUACUUUUUAUUUCUCGGUGAAACAUUUACCGCUCGUCAUGUUAGUCAAAUUAUUCCCCAAACUGCUUAGAUAUUACUCUAAUUCUCAGUUUUUUUUUAAUAAUUACUAGUUGUAUGGUACCUUAUAUAUAAUUAGAUUUUAGUUACUUAUUUUUUAAACUGUUUGUAGUGUCCCCGACACGUAACCAUUUUUUAUAAAGAUCUUUUCAAUAAUUUUAAAUAUUUGCAUUAUGUACAUAUUAGAAGUUAAUUUUGUUACAAGUAGGUGUAUAUCCAGGGGUUGAUUUUGGAAAGGAGCCAAUUGCUUGGCAACCAUAAACUUAUAAACCAAAUUACUAACCAUCGAAAUCCAUUAUAGUGGAGAUAUCCUAAUCGCCAAAGUAUGCCCAUAUUACUAGGGACGCUGUAAAACUUUAAGAAGAAUGCUUUUCAUUUAUAUAAGAAGUGGAUUACGUCAUCUAUAAGCGUCGACUAGUUCCUUAAAUAGUGAAUAUUGAUAGUAAUGACGAUCUGAUGACAAGCAUCGGUGCUAUUACUCUUCACCAGGCGGUUCGAAAUCUACGUAUUUAUAAUAUAACUUCGAUAACAUAUGCCGUUAGUAUGUUUACGCCAUAAACCAAAUCACUCAUUACUUUAACAUUUCUUUGAAUGUGUACCAUAUUACAAGGUAUAACUUACUUAACUAAAGUUCAUCUUAAAUUCGGUAGAUGUCUAAAUGUUUCUUUAAUUAUUCGACAUGAUAGAUGUAUGUGGAAAACAUCGACGAUUUUAUAUACUCAAUUAUCUUUAUUUAUUAUAUUAAGUGGUCAAAAUGUUUUAGGGCUUAAGUGAGAUGGUUAUUAAUCUUUUCGAUAAUCAUCAAUUUCGCUAGAAACGUCUGUUGAAGCACUGAUAGUUAGUGCCAUCGUGAUAUGUUUUGUAUCUUUCGUAAGUGUGAUAAUAAAAUAAAUAAUAAGAUAACGUU